AUGUUAGCCAUCUUGGUCCUCGCGUUAGGUAUCGGCACGGCUGCGGAUAAUUUUACUCCACCAAGUAUCCAAGCCAGCAACGUGUCUUCGAACUCCGGUGCAGAAAAUGGCAAAACAAAUAGCAUUUACACGAGCACACAUAACACUACGGAUGCCACAAAGAGCAUUCACAAUAACACCUAUAACACUACGACUACCAUAAACAGAAUACGCAAUAGCACAAAUAACACCGCGACUACCAGUUUUAGCAGUUCGAAUUUCGAUACUACAGUUACGAAUGUUGAGUCUGGAGAUGCUGAGCCUGUUGACAUUCCCGUUACUGUGACUGUUAACAGAGAUGCUUACACCUCUGCGUCUGUUAACGUUAUUAAUCCUGACAUAAUAACACAUGGCACUUUGGAUGUUGACAUAGAAUCAGGCGAAAAUGUGGAAAAUACAUUGGAUAUUCUGAACGACAGUAUACCAGUGACUGAUAGCACGGUGAUCGACCACAAGAGUUUUGACAUAACUACUGUUACAACAGACAUUGGGGCGACACUUGAUACAGUAGAAGUUGACCCGACAGAAAAUGGUAUAGCUGCUGAUGUUGCAACUGCUGAUUCGACUGACGACAUAAAUAAAGAAGUUGGAAUAUCAGGAAAUGACACGUCUGAUAGCACAGCAGAAAUUGACACGACUGUUGACAUGUCAAGAGCUGAUAUGACUGACACAACAGAAGUCGAAACUGUUAUAGAUGCACCAAUAGUUGACACGAAUAGUGACACAACAGAUGUCGACACAGCUGGUGACGGAACAGAAGUUGAUGCCAUUACUGAUGCAACAGAAGCUGAACCGACUGUUGAUAAUAAAGAAUUGGACAUCAAUACUGAUGCAACAUACGCUGAUGCUCCUGCUGACGGAACAGAAGUUGACGCCGUUAAUAAUGGAACAGAAAUUGACACGGUUGUUGAAACUGAAGAAGUUGGCCCUACUACUAAAGCAACAGAUUACAUUCCAACAGAAUUUGGCCCUAUUAUUGAAGCGACAGAAAUGUAUUCUUUUGUCGAGACAGCAGAUGUUGACACUACCAUUGAAACAACGGAAGUUGACACUGUUGCUGAUAUAACAGAAAUCGACGCUGCUGUAAAUGUAACAGAAGUUUACACAGUUGUUGAAACAUCGAAAGCUGACACAACUACUGGCAAUCCUGGUGCAACUGUUAUGACAGCAGCAGUUGAUACGACUGGUGAAUCUAAUGAACUUGAUACUAUUACUGUAACAGAAGAUUACAAUACAUUUGACACAACAGAAUUUAGCCCUGUUAUUGAAGUAACCGAAGUGGACUUUCCUGUUGAGACAACAGAUGCUGACACUACUACUGAAGCAACGGAAGUUGACACUGCUACUGAUGCAAUAGAAGUUGGCACAACUACUAAAGUUAAGGAAGUUGACACGACUGCUAAUGCCACAGAUGUUGGAAAUGUAGUUGACUCUACUGCUAUGUCAACAGAAGUUGAUACGACUGACGACGCUACUUCUGAUAUUACGAAAAUGUCAGACACUACAACUAUCGUCCUAGCAAAAGACAUCACGACUAUUGGUACCACAACAGUUAACGCUACUACCGUUGGCACGACAGCGCUUGAUACAACGACUGCCGGUACCACGCCAGUUCAUUUCGCUACCACUCGUACCACAACUACUGCUGCGCCGGAGGGUAAUGCAGCAGUCACAGGCACCAGGGACAUCGACACAGCAACAGUUGGCACUAUUCCUGUUACCAACAUUGGCACGAAGAUCGCUGACAUAAUUGACAACACUACUGAUGCCACAGGUAAUAACAGCACGGCUACUGAUCGUAGCCUUAUAGCUGUUGGCACUGGUAACUUUAGCGCCACUCUUGAGAUAAACACUUAUGUUACUACGAGGUAUCCCGUAACAGCUGCUGGUUUCCCUGAUGCCGCCGCCGCUGCAGAUACAAUGACUGAAAACCAAAUAGAAACCUCUAACGCUGAGCAUUUAGAUAGUGCGAGUACAGAGGAUACUGCAAUAGAUGGUAUUAUAGGGGAUACGGUAACAGAUGGUGCUACCUCUACUGAAGCUGGAAUCAUUGAUAUUGGCACCACCACAGACAACACUGUAAAGAUUUACACGAAGACCAUCGAUACUGUAGAUGUCACCACAGUAGAUAGUGAUAAUUCUACAGCUAACCCAAUGCUAGUUGAUGACACAGUGGUUCAGAAUAAAACUAACCGUAGCUCCAAAAAUCUGAACAUUGACUCUACGAAUGCUAAUAUCACUGAUGGUAUCAAAUUCCGCGGGAUCCAUAUCAACCUUACGUCUUUUGACCUCGAAAACGCGGUGCCAACCGACGUCGAAUCCAACUUAACCGAAGAACGCACACGCACCGAAGCUUCAGUGUCUGACAUGACUCCUGCUAUUAACACGACGCGGCGGCAGUCAGAAGCGGACUAUUCAACAGGUUUCACAGUUCCCGCAGCCGCUGAGUCGUCCUUUGAAACGAAUGUGGUACAGCCCAACACCGUCAACCGAAUGGAUAUUAAUUCAGUUGCCGAGACAACAGCUGUUUUCGAGUUAGCAGCUCCCAGCACAACUGCUGGCAGCACAUCUGCUGAAAACACAACAUUUGACAACACCUCUCUUGGUAACAAGAAUAACGAAGCAAGAGAAAAUCAUGUUGGCAAUAACAGAAUUAGUAAUAUGACAGAUGACAAGGAAAAGGGCGUUGGCAGGACACUUUUUAACAACACAGGUGUAGAUUCCACAAGCAUUUAUAGUACAGCUGCCGAUGCUGUUGCUAACUUUACUACUGACACAAUUAACACUGGCACUGCAGAUACUGACAACACAACCGGCACUGCAGAAACUUCCACCACAGCAACUGAGAAAACAACUGACAACACGAGUGUCAUCGCAGCUGACAACACAGCCAACUUUACAGAUCUUGGUAACAUUACUGACGUAGUUGACAACACAAAGAACAACGCAGCAAGUGACAUCGCUGUAGCUGACAACAUAACCAACAUCGCAAGAACUGACAUCACGGAAGACAAAGCAAUGACUGACAACACAACUGACAUGGCAGAAAUUGACAACACGGAUAUUGCAGAAGGUGACCAUAUGAAUGACAUUGCAGAAGCUGACAACACAACAUACAUUGCAGAAGCUGACGACACAACAGACAUUGCAGAAGCUGAGUACAUGACAGACAUUGCAGGAGCUGACUACAUGAAUGACAUUGCAGAAACUGGCAACACAACAGACAUUGCAGAAACUGACAACACAACAGACAUUGCAGAAGCUGACAACACAACAGACAUUGCAGAAACUGACAACAUGAGUGACAUUGCAGAAACUGACAACACAAUAGACAUUGCAGAAGCUGACAACACAACAGACAUUGCAGAAGCUGACAACACAACAGACAUUGCAGAAGCUGACUACAUGACUGACAUUGCAGAAACUGGCAACACAACAGACAUUGCAGAAACUGGCAACACAACAGACAUUGCAGAAACUGACUACAUGAUUGACAUUGCAGAAGCUGACAACACAACAGACAUUGCAGAAGCUGACUACAUGAGUGACAUUGCAGAAGCUGACAACACUACGGACAUUGCAGAAACUGGCAACACAACAGACAUUGCAGAAGCUGACAACACAACAAACAUUGCAGAAGCUGACUACAUGAGUGACAUUGCAGAAGCUGACAACACAACAGACAUUGCAGAAGCUGACAACACAACAGACAUUGCAGAAGCUGACAACACAUCAGACAUUGCAGAAGCUGACUACAUGACUGACAUUGCAGAAGCUGACAACACAACAGACAUUGCAGAAGCUGACAACAUGACAGACAUUGCAGAAACUGACAACACAACAGACAUUGCAGAAGCUGACUACAUGAAUGACAUUGCAGAAACUGACAACACAGCAGACAUUGCAGCUGACAACACAACAGACAUUGCAGAAGCUGACAAUACAACAGACAUUGCAGAAACUGACAACACAACUGACAUUGCAGAAACUGACAACGCAAACAACAUUGCAGAAAUUGACAACACAACGGAUACUGCAGAAGCUGACAACACAACUGAUACCACAGCAGCUGAAAACGCAAUUAAAACAUCUAUUGAGAAUAUAACUGACAUUGAAGCAAUUGACAAUAUAACUUUCAAUAACAGAAUUGACACCACAGAUAUUGAAAAUACAACCGUUGAUCCUGCAAUUGACUCCAAUAAUACAGCUGAUAGAAAUGUUGGCAAUAAAACUAACUUCACAAAUCUUGCUGAUGCACCUACAGAUACCAGAAAUGCAAUUGGUGUCAGUGACAACGUAACUGCUAGUAUCAUAAAUAGCUCCCUUCCAACAUCCACUACUGUUACCAGAACAAUUGAUGCGUUAGUCACUAAUAGUCCAUCGAUCGAACUUGCGAUACUAAGCAGCACAGUUAUUGAAAACCCUACUCCUGCGACCACAACAGCUAGUAGUAAAGCCAGUGAAACCACAAGAAUCAGUAGUACCACCAGUGAAACCACAGCAGCUACCAGUGCUACUGUUAAGACCACAACUCUAAGCAGUACAACCAGCGAAACCACGACAGUUAGUACCACCAUCCAGCUGCCGGUUUUUGACACCGGCCUCAGCUCUGGUACCACGGAAUCGUCAGCGCUGACGUCUUCUACUUUAGAGUCGGUUAAUUUAGAAAUGGACGAAUUGCCAAACCAGGAAUCAACUGAGAAGAGUACAGCCGAGAAUAACUUCGCUCGAAAAGGAUUCUGUUGCUUAGCUCCUCAUUCAUGCAGAGCACCAAACGUCUGUCUCAACUGUAUCUGCAGACCAGGAUCGACCUCGUCUCCUUCCCCUUCUCCAGCCGCCCCAGCGCAGGAGGACGAUUAUCCCGAUGUGAGCGACAACAGCAGCAGGGGACAUGGGGACACCUGCGGACCGUGGGCGCAGUGUGGCGGCGAUCUCACUUGCAGAAACAGCACGUGCAUUUGCCCCGAAUCCGACUGCAGUUACAGUGAAACCGGCAUGAGGUGUGACUGCGAAUACUUUAACUUCACGCUGUUACUGCUGUAUGGCCUCGCUGUAUUUCUGGCCUUGCUGCUCAUCCUCAUGGUCAGGAAUCUCGUAAAACACUGCUCCAGAACAACUGUGGUGACCUCACCUGCGGAAACUUAUUCAACCAAGAAUCACGCCACGACGCAACCAGAUCAUGUGUCUCGUCCUGCAACAGCAAGUCAAGGCAACCAGUCAUAUGGCCCCCAAACCGAGAUCCCAGGCCAAAUAGCCCUCACCGCCGAGGAACAUCCCUCGCCUGGCUUUUACUACCCCCCUUCCCACGUGAACCGACGCGCCUCCCUCCCGAAACUGGUCUCAACUUUGGAACCUCAGGCCGUUCAAGUCACGAGUCCCACAAGCCCUAGACGUCCUUCAACGGCAGGUCCUCAAAGCGUAUCCUUGGCGCCGCCCAUGUUCCCGGGAGAUUAUAGAUUCAGUCCUGUGGAAACCGUGCCUCAGAGACCUCACGUGCUGCCACCAUUAAGGACUUCCACUCGACCGCCCAAACUCUCAGACAUUCCUUGA